GCCUCGCGUGAUUCCCGCCAGCCGAGGAGCCGCCGUGAGGGCAGGGCCGUGAGGAGGGCCGGGAGGAGGAGGGCCGUGAGGAGGGCAGGAGGGCCAUGGCGGUCACCCUGGACAAAGAGGCCUACUACAGGAGGGUCAAGAGGCUCUACAGCAACUGGAGGAAAGGGGAGGAUGAAUAUGCCAAUGUGGAUGCCAUUGUUGUGUCGGUGGGCGUGGACGAAGAGAUCGUGUAUGCCAAGUCAACCGCCUUGCAGACAUGGCUCUUUGGCUACGAAUUGACCGACACCAUCAUGGUCUUCUGCGAUGACAAGAUCCUCUUCAUGGCCAGCAAGAAGAAAGUCGAGUUCCUGAAGCAGAUUGCCAACACCAAGGGCAACGAGAAUGCCAACGGCGCACCCGCCAUCACGCUGCUCGUGCGUGAGAAGAAUGAGAGUAACAAGAGCAACUUUGACAAGAUGAUCGAAGCCAUUAAAGAGAGCAAGAAUGGCAAAAAGAUCGGUGUGUUCAGCAAGGAUAAAUUCCCCGGAGAGUUUAUGAAGAGUUGGAAUGACUGCCUCAACAGAGAGGGGUUUGAGAAGGUAGACAUUAGUGCAGUAGUGGCCUACACCAUUGCGGUGAAGGAGGAUGGGGAACUCAGCCUGAUGAAGAAAGCAGCCAACAUCACCUCUGAGGUCUUCAACAAAUUCUUCAAGGAGAGAGUCAUGGAGAUCGUUGAUGCCGAUGAGAAAGUACGGCACAGCAAAUUGGCUGAGUCGGUCGAGAAGGCGAUUGAAGAGAAAAAGUACCUGGCCGGGGCCGACCCUUCUACCGUGGAGAUGUGUUACCCUCCCAUCAUUCAGAGCGGGGGCAACUACAAUCUCAAAUUCAGCGUUGUCAGCGACAAGAACCACAUGCACUUUGGAGCCAUCACCUGUGCCAUGGGGAUCCGCUUCAAAUCCUACUGCUCCAAUCUGGUGCGCACUCUGAUGGUCGACCCUCCCCAAGAAGUCCAGGAGAACUACAACUUCCUGCUCCAGCUGCAGGAGGAACUGCUCAAGGAGCUGAGACAUGGGGUGAAAUUGUGUGACGUGUACAAUGCCGUCAUGGACAUGGUCAAAAAACAGAAGCCCGAAUUGAUGAGCAAAAUCACCAAAAAUCUUGGGUUUGCUAUGGGGAUUGAAUUCCGCGAAGGUUCAUUGGUCAUCAACAGCAAGAAUCAGUACAAGCUAAAAAAGGGCAUGGUUUUCAGCAUCAACAUGGGGUUCUCGGACCUGACCAACAAAGAAGGGAAGAAGCCAGAAGAGAAAACGUACGCCCUCUUUGUUGGCGACACGGUCCUGGUCGAUGAGGAUGGCCCAGCUGCCGUUCUCACCGCCGUGAAGAAGAAAGUGAAGAAUGUGGGGAUUUUCUUGAAGAAUGAGGAUGAGGAGGAAGAGGAGGAGGAGAAGGACGAGGCCGAGGACCUGCUGGGGCGAGGGUCUCGGGCAGCCCUGCUCACGGAGAGGACCCGAAAUGAGAUGACGGCCGAGGAGAAACGGCGCGCUCAUCAGAAGGAGCUGGCCACCCAGCUCAACGAGGAAGCCAAGCGGCGGCUGACGGAGCAGAAGGGGGAACAGCAGAUCCAGAAAGCUCGCAAAUCUAACGUGUCCUACAAGAACCCUGCUCUGAUGCCCAAGGAACCGCAUAUCCGGGAAAUGAAGAUCUACAUCGACAAGAAGUACGAGACUGUCAUAAUGCCCGUGUUUGGCAUCGCCACACCAUUCCAUAUCGCCACCAUCAAGAAUAUCAGUAUGUCUGUGGAGGGAGACUACACGUACCUCCGAAUCAACUUCUAUUGCCCAGGCAGCGCCCUGGGCAGGAACGAAGGCAACAUAUUCCCCAACCCGGAAGCCACGUUUGUCAAAGAGAUCACGUACCGAGCCUCAAAUAUGAAAGCCCCCGGAGAGCAGACGGUUCCCGCCCUGAACCUCCAGAACGCCUUCCGCAUCAUAAAGGAGGUGCAGAAGCGCUACAAGACCCGUGAAGCGGAAGAGAAAGAGAAGGAGGGCAUCGUGAAGCAAGAUUCCCUGGUGAUCAAUCUCAACCGGAGUAACCCCAAGCUGAAGGACCUGUACAUCCGACCCAACAUCGCCCAGAAGCGGAUGCAAGGCUCCUUGGAGGCCCACGUCAAUGGCUUCCGCUUCACGUCGGUGCGAGGGGACAAAGUGGACAUCCUGUACAACAACAUCAAGCAUGCCUUGUUCCAGCCCUGUGACGGGGAGAUGAUCAUCGUGCUGCACUUCCACCUCAAGAACGCCAUCAUGUUCGGAAAGAAGCGGCACACAGACGUGCAGUUCUACACCGAAGUCGGGGAGAUCACGACGGACUUGGGGAAACACCAGCACAUGCACGACCGGGACGACCUCUACGCUGAGCAGAUGGAGCGGGAGAUGAGACACAAACUGAAGACAGCGUUUAAAAACUUCAUUGAGAAGGUGGAGGCCUUGACCAAGGAGGAGCUGGAGUUCGAAGUGCCUUUCAGGGAUUUGGGAUUUAAUGGCGCACCCUAUAGAAGCACCUGUCUCCUCCAGCCAACCAGCAGUGCUCUGGUGAAUGCUACGGAGUGGCCGCCUUUCGUGGUGACGUUGGACGAGGUGGAGCUGAUUCACUUCGAGCGGGUCCAGUUCCACCUGAAGAACUUUGACAUGGUGAUCGUCUAUAAGGACUACAGCAAGAAAGUGACCAUGAUCAACGCCAUCCCUGUGGCCUCACUUGACCCCAUCAAGGAGUGGUUGAACUCCUGUGACCUGAAGUACACGGAAGGAGUGCAGUCCCUCAACUGGACCAAAAUCAUGAAGACCAUCGUAGAUGACCCCGAGGGCUUCUUUGAGCAAGGGGGCUGGUCUUUCCUGGAGCCCGAGGGCGAGGGAAGCGAUGCUGAAGUUGGGGAAUCAGAGUCAGAGAUUGAAGAUGAGACCUUUAACCCUUCAGAGGAUGAAUAUGAGGAAGAGGAGGAAGAUAGUGAUGAAGACUAUUCCUCAGAAGCAGAGGAGUCGGACUAUUCCAAGGAAUCAUUGGGUAGCGAAGAGGAGAGUGGAAAAGACUGGGAUGAACUGGAGGAAGAAGCCAGGAAAGCCGACCGUGAGAGUCGAUACGAGGAAGAGGAGGAGCAGAGCCGGAGCCUGAGCCGGAAGAGGAAGGGCUCCGUGCACAGCUCCGGCCGUGGCUCCGGCCGCGGCUCCAGACACAGCUCCGCGCCCCCCAAGAAGAAGAGGAAGUAGCCGCUGAACUCUGGUCCUGCAACCCCCCUUCCUCCUCCAGCUGACCCCUGAAUAUUUUACCCAAAAUAGAAACUGUAUUUCUUCUCUCUCCCCCACGCCCCGCUCCCCGCCCUUCUUUCUUCUUUUCCUUUUCCCCCUUUGUGUCUCUCUGGGUUUUGGGGCCAUCCGUAUGGACCAAUCUACUCGAUGAACUCCAGGCCCCGCCAACCCACCGGCCUGGUGACUAGGACGUGCGUCAGUGGUGCCACACACGGGUGCCGAGGAGGAGGAGGAGGAGGUGGCUGCCUGGGGUUGUCGACGGUCAGGGGCAGCAUCCGGCAGUCAGUGUAGUUUCCCCGCCCCUCCCGUCCUUCCCACCCCCUCGUCGACCAGGACACCGACAGCUCCGCGGCACUUUGCUGCCCGCUGUCGCCCUCGGAGGAGAGGGUUUCUGAGAUCCUCUGGCCUGGCGUCCCUCGGCCGUUAGAACCGCAGGACCGUUUCAGGGCAUGUCCCCCCGUUCUCCACCACCCCGCCCCAGCCCCCCUGAGGGCAAGGCACCGAGGCUCUUCACCAGCACGCCCAGUCCCUCGCCCUCCUCCCGCCCACUGCCAGAAACUCUCCCUCUCCUGGCUCUCCCCCGGCUGCCGUCACACGGAACCCCAGAAAUGCCUCCCUUUCGGGCCCCUCUCGUCUGCCGGGGGCCGUGGCGACCCCAAAGCCGGUGCCGAGCGAAGCGGUUCUGCCUUUCGGGUUCCCCCUCUUCUCCACAGGUGACCCCGGGACGUCCCGGGAGAUCCGAGAAGCAGAAGCUCCCCUUGCCCCCCGACACACCCCCACAUAAACGCAUCUCCCACCCCCCGCCACCUCCCUCACAGCCCUACAAGUUCACCAAGGCCGCAGGCGUGCAGGGAAAGCAAGACAGAGACUCCUUUGGCAUGUCACUUUCCUCGUCCCCAGCCAAGAAGGAACAGAUGCCUCCUCAGUCCACCUCAGGUUCUUUAAUUCACCGCCGAUCGUGGGAAGACCUGGGGGUGGCCAGCAGGCCCAGCCGGGACUGGAGGAACCUGCCGUAAGCCCCCUUUGUGGGCGAGUAAGGCAGCGGAAGACUUGGGAGAGCCACCGGUUAGCGCUCUUCAUUUUUACUCGUCUCGCAUUGUCCUGUAUUUAUCAGGUAUUUUUGGUUUUGUUUUUGGGGGGGGGGGGGUUUGUUUUGUUUUUUUUCUGUUGCUCAAUUAGUUUUUGGCGGGGGGGGCGGGGGGAUUAACCUGGCUGUCUCCCCCUCCGGACCUCUGCACUGCCUGUCCUAGUGCAGUUCAUUAUGUGUUCUGUGACUUUAGGAGGGAGGAGGGGUUUCUUGGGUUUGGGGGUUUUGUUUUUUUUUGUUUUUCUUCUUAGCGGUAGGACUUGAUAUUUUCACCUUUGGAAGAACUGAAAAAUGAAUAAAAUGUGUUUUGGUUUU